GCGUGCGCUUACGGUGGACUAUUGCCAUGGAAGCGGAAAAACGCAAGUCCAUUUCACCGACGCAUCGAAAUCAGUUCAGCCAACUUCAACUUUAUCGACGCAAGCCAUCUGCCCAAUCGAGUUCGAGGAAUGCGCUCUGUUACGCCAGCGGCGUGCUGCUUCGAGCAGAGAAGCGGAGAGAGGGCUCAUUGGGGGAAUGUAACGACCAGAACGCAAAUAUGGGAACGGGGCGACGUGCGCGAAAUAGUCAGCCCGUUGUGCGAGGAAACGCAAACCGCUGCACGCUGGCGUACUCGCUCCAAAACGGAUACCCGACCCCUGUCAAAUCUCGCUUUUUUGCUAACGAGUUUAUUAUUGGACAUGUACGCAAGUGCAACUGUACUGUACACGUAUCAACGCGUGACACUUAUCUCGAUGUUUUUGACUUGUCAGAAAACGAUCUGAAUCCGCCUUCCAGGAGGUACGUCCUAAAGGAUUCCGGGGGGUUUUCCAAUCUCUCAGCUAUGGACUGGAGGAUGGUUCUCUGUUACCUCCUCACUUGGACUCUCAUGGCCCUCUCUACGUUCAAGGGAAUUCGUUCUGUUGGAAAAGUGGUCUACGUGACAUCAUCAUUUCCAUACGUCAUCAUGUUCUCUCUGCUUAUCAUCACAUGCAUUCAAGACGGUGCCUGGACAGGAAUCAAGGCUUUCUUUGUACCGGAGUGGGAAAAGAUAUUACACAUUGAGGUGUGGUUUCGGGCAUGCGAACAGUCGUUCUUCUCGCUCACUACAGCGUUCGGACACUUGAUAAUGUACGCCAGUUACAACGACUUCAGACACCCAGUUGGACGGGACGCCUUUGUCAUCAGCAUAGUCGAUACGUGCACCAGCAUCCUUGCAGGAUGCGUCGUGUUCGCAACAUUAGGAACUCUCGCGCAUGAGUUGCGAGUAGAUGAUAUAUCGCAAGUCCUCAAGGGAGAAUCGGACUUGGGCCUUGCAUUUGUCACCUAUCCGGAAGCUCUUAGCCGCAUCUCCUUUGUACCUCAGCUAUGGUCCGUCAUGUUCUUCUUGAUGCUGUACCUUCUAGGACUUGGGAGCAGUAUAGGAGAUGUUGAAGUCAUCAUGACUGUGCUGAAUGACCAGUAUCCCUCUCUUAAGAGAUGGCGCAGUUACUUUUCGGUUCUCACCUGCGCUAUUUGUUUUGCAACAGGUCUCAUCUUGUGCACUGACAGUGGGAAUUAUCUUCGGCUUCUGUUCGACAACUACGGCGUUGGGCAAGCUGUGUUCUUGUACGCCAUACUGGAAGUUGUCGGCCUAAUGUGGAUUUACGGAUGGAAAACGAUAUGCAAGGACUUUGAGUACAUGCUCGGAAGCAAGAUAUCCUGGUUUUGGAAAGUCACGUGGGGAUUCGUUACGCCUGUAGUGUUAAUUGCCAUCUUUGUAUACGGCAAUAUUGGCCUGGAAGAGGGCGGCAAUUCAAAGCUUCCACGCCUGGGUCAUGUCAUCGGCUGGCUGCUCGCAGCUGUCGCCAUUGGUCAGGUUCCGCUUUGGAUGAUUGUUACGUACAUCACAGCCCCCGGGGAAACGCUGGCGAGUAAACUGAAGUCUACUUUUACGCCAAACGACCAGUUCGGACCUCGAGACCGAAGGAUUCGCAAAGACUGGAAGGAAUGGGUAUCCGCUGGAAGACCCGAUCUCCCAAAGAAGGAUCAAGAGAGCAGCAGCGGUGUCGAUAACCAGUGUUUCAGUAUAGAAGCGAGUGGAUGAUUACAUCGCCAUCACCGCUAUUUAUAACAGGACCUGCAGGUGGGAUGUAGACUAAUUUUUUUUUAUAUCGGACGUGCGCCUACGAGUCGACGGAACUGGGUGAAAUCACGUGAUCAUAAAAUAUGGUUGUGGUUACGGAAGAGACAACGAUAAGACGCCACGGACGUGAUAUGCUCAUAGACGGAGACUCCCUCCCGCACUCAGCGCAUGCUACAAGUGCUACAUAAACUUCAAAUUUGUACCAGAGGCACUAGUCUCCAGAUCUUAGUUUUGUCAAAAUAGCUUCUAUCUUAUGUAUCGCUCAGCUGUACCUAUCUAUCAGCAGUGUGGUACGCACUUCCAAUACCGAGCGCUGAUGUCUACAGGGAAGUGAAGCAAGGCGCUGCUGGGCGCCUCGUUCACCAGAUCAAUAAAGAAAAGUUUUAAUCCCU